CAGUCUGUGGAGGAAAAAUAAAGGGCCUGGUUUCAGAAGAUUAUGUCCGAAGAUUCAAAUAAGGACAAGCAGUACAUAGAACACUUAACCAGUGAUAAUUACAAUUCAGAUGAGGAUCCCUUUAUCCCAUAUGUAACAGAAGACCUUGAGCAGGGUACAUUUUUUACAGAUUCUUUGUGUGAUCAACUUUUGCCACGGACCACACAGAUUUUAUUGGAAUAUAACUCUGGAAAAUGGGUGCCACGACUUCGUGAACCACGAGAUUUAUAUGGCCUGUCUCCUAUAGGAGAUCUGCAUUUAGUACGCUGGCCGCAUCAGUAUGAAGUCAUCAGGGAGAAAAUUAAUCAUAUUGAAUGGAUUCCCUCUCACCAGGAGCCUCUGUACAGUCCCACAGGCUUAGAGAUCGAGCCUCCGUGUCCAGAGCCAGGGGAAGGUGCUAUCGUGUAUUUAGCAGAUGAAGCCAAUAAGGAUUCCAGCUUUAGGUAUUCUCGAAUAGGGGGAAGUUUCCCUUCAAAGCAGGUGCUUCCUCAGUCAUGGGGUGACUGGGAUAAUACUUUGAUCUUUGAAGCACGAUUUGAAAGUGGAAAUCUGCAAAAGGUGGUCAAAAUUAAUGAUUUUGAAUACCAGUUGACACUGCGUACUGAUCUCUACACAAAUAAGCACACCCAGUGGUACUACUUCCAGGUUACCAACACCCAAGCAGGAAUGCCUUACCGUUUCACCAUUGUCAACUUCACCAAGCCAACAAGCUUGUACAAUCGUGGUAUGCGUCCAUUAUUAUAUUCAGAAGCAGAAGCAAAGAUCCGCAAGGUGGGGUGGCAAAGGACAGGAGAUCAAAUCAAGUACUACAAAAAUAAUCUCAGCCAUGAUGGGCACCAAUAUUUUUCUUUGACAUGGACUUUCCAGUUUCCACAUGACAGGGAUACGUGCUAUUUUGCCCACUGCUAUCCAUACACUUACAGCAACCUGCAAGACUACUUGUCAGCCAUUGCCAGAGACCCAAGGCGGUCGAAGUUCUGCAAAAUCCGUAUAUUAUGUCAUUCUCUGGCUAGGAAUAUAGUCUAUGUUUUAACUAUUACCAACCCCUUGCAAGAUUUCAGUAAGGAAAAAUGCAAGUCAGCAGUCAUUCUGACAGCAAGGGUGCACCCUGGUGAAACAAACAGUUCCUGGCUGAUGAAGGGCUUUCUGGAUUACCUUCUAGGGGAUUCAGAUAAUGCCCAAUUGCUCCGAGACACUUUUGUUUUUAAGGUGGUGCCCAUGCUGAAUCCAGAUGGUGUGAUUGUGGGCAAUUAUCGCUGCUCUUUAGCCGGCAAGGAUUUGAACCGCAAUUAUAAAUCAGACCUUAAGGAAUCUUUCCCUUCUAUCUGGUAUACCCGCAGCAUGAUCAAAAGAAUAAUGGAAGAGCGAAAUGUUCUUCUAUAUUGUGACCUUCAUGGUCAUAGCAGGAAAGAAAAUGUCUUCAUGUAUGGCUGUGAAAAAAAAGAGCAAGAUGAAAGGGCAUUAUUACUCCAGCGCAUUUUUCCUUUCAUUAUGAGCAAAAAAUGUCCAGAUAAAUUCUCAUUCCAAGAUUGCAGUUUUAAAAUACAGAAAGGCAAAGAAGGAACAGGUCGAGUAGUUAUGUGGAAGAUGGGCAUCAACAACAGCUAUACCUUGGAAGUAACUUUCUGUGGCUCUAAACUAGGCAAUCGAGAUGCUACCCAUUUCAGUACGAAAGAUUUGGAGUCCAUAGGAUACAAUUUCUGUGAUUCAUUAUUGGACUUCUGUAACAAAAAGAAGAGCAAGUACAAUGAAUGGCUGAAGGAAUUGGAGGAACUAGUAAAACAGGAUGAUCCAACUGCCUCUGUCAAUGAUACAGGAGACAGAGGAGAUUCUAGUUCAGAUAGUUCAGACUCUAAUGAGUUUGCUGAUAAACUGGAAACCCAGACAAAAUCAAAGAAAAAGUGUUUGAAAGCAAAGAAGGAAAGGAGUUUUGUUUUGGAAUCAUCAGGAAGAAGAUAUUCUAAACAUUUACAUGAAACAAUGAGAGAAUCCAAAAAACCAGAACACCCUUCUCACAGAGUUUCCAAGAGCCAAGAACAAAUAAUUAAAAAUGCCCAGGUUUUUCAGAAAUUGAAACUGAUGGAGCUUCAAAACAUGGAAAGAGAAAAGUAUGAAACUACCAAGCAGAAUAUAGAGACUUUCUCCAGAACAACCAAUACAAAAAAGUCAAAGACCUUAGCAGGGGUUCAUGAACUGUUUAAAGCAACUAGCUCCAUUUUAAAAGGUAAACCAGAUCAAAUGGCUUUCCCCUCUAAAAAAGAUUCUGUGCCAAAAGUGCCAAGUAAAUAUACAGUUCAGUAUCUGAAUCAUUAUUUUCCUGAGCAAGGAUCAAAUGCUGGAUGGGACCUAACCCAGCCUUUUAAGCACAUAAUUUCCCAGAGACUUUUCCUACCUCCUACUGUUGUUAACCAAAUGUGUAAUACACCAAGAAGAAAUGGUGCACUUAUUGGUUGUCGACUUCCUAGAGUGGAAAAUAUGAAGAGGGAAGCAAGCAUCCAUCAAAAAACAUCGCUCAUCCAACUGGAUAGUCACCCUAGCUCUUUAUCUCUGUCUCAGGCAACCGCUGAAAAUCAUCCUGGAAGGGGCUAUGUCACACUACAGUUAGAAGAAAAAGAACUACAAAAUAUUGCCCUAGCUCAAGAAAUCCAUUUUAAUGUUCCAUAUAACAAAACUGCAGCCUGGAGAUUAGAAAAGUAUCAAGCUGGAAAGGCCAAUAGCUGCAGGGAGAAGGCAUCUCCAGAGAUCAAAGGUUUCCCUGACACUCAAAAAAGCAGUUUAGUUGGAAGGGAGAAUAAAGUAAAGGAAUUGUCUUCAGCAAGGAAUGCUAAAACUAACAGAAAUGGUGGAGGGAACGGUGAAGAAGGUCUUAAACUGAACAGGUCUCCAGUUACACAAGAUUUGCUACAACUCUCCCUUCCUUUGAUGUCUGAGGGAAUAUACAGACAAGCCACUGAAAAAUAUUCGAGAAGUGAACGGCAUCUAAAAUUCUUAGGCCAACACCGACCACGCCUGGCUACCUUACUGACUACAAAAGGGCCCAACAAAACAAUUUUAUUGAAACAUUCUGAAGAUGAUGAAGCAUCCAGUCCUCUACUACAAAGCAGGCCAAAAUUGCCAACAAGAAACUUGCUGUGCCAGAGUGAAAGCAAAUUUUUUUCUAGGAGACAUAAAAGUGACCGACCUUCCGUGCAAGACCUUCCAAAUACAACUGAGAGGAUUUCUUUUCAUGCAUAGGACAAAAUGCAGUUUCUUUUGUGUCAUUUUGUAAGCCACAAAAGACAGUAGUGAUGUCAUCAGAGGGUAUCGCUUUAGCUCUUUGGACAUUGUACUGGGAAGACAUUACAUGCCGAGCAGUUGCACUUUCACAGGAUUGGACUAUUGGAUACAAAUAAACUAGAACAUCUUGUGGGGGGCUGCUGUGACCAAUAUAAACAAAACUAA